GUGCAUGGAGGCCCUGGUCGUGUACUGCUGGUCGGGGAAGGAGGAGGAGCCCUACGUCACCAUCACCCGCAAGAAGCGGCUGCGUCAAGGCUACGAGGUAGAGCUGGAGCAGGAGGUGGGUCACUCGGUGCGCCGUCUGGCCACACACCGCAAUGCCUUCAAGCGCAUGGCAGUCAUCCAGGCCUUUCUGGGCUCCACCCCACAGCUCACCCUCCAGCUCUACAUCAGCGUCCUGGAGAAGUACGUCCCCGCCGCCCGAGCCGUCCUCAUGGGCAUCUGCCUGGUGUCGGUCACCUACGGGGCGCUCGUCUGCAAUAUCCUGGCCAUCCAGGUCAAGUACGAUGACUACAAGGUGCAGCUGCGGCCUCUGGCCUUCCUCUGUAUCGUGCUGUGGCGCAGCCUGGAGAUCUCCACACGUGUCACCGUCCUCGUGCUCUUCAGCACCGUCUUCAAGCACUGGAUCAUCCCCAUCGCCCUGGCCAACCUCCUGGUGGUCUUCUUCCUGCCCUGGGUGCAGUUCUGGCGGAGUGGCACCCGUCUGCCUGACAACAUCGAGAAGAACUUCAGCCGGGUGGGCACGGUGGUGGUGCUCUGCGCCUUCACCCUCCUCUACGCCAGCAUCAACAUGUUCUGCUGGUCGGCUGUGCAGCUCAAGCUGGCCGACCGGGACCUCAUUGACAAGUCGCAGAACUGGGGCCGCCUGGCCGUGUACUAUGUGGCCCGGCUGGCAGAAAACACGGCCCUUGUCAUCCUCUGGUACUUCUUUAAGACAGACGUCUACGAGAACAUCUGCACCCCACUGCUGGUGGUGCAGCUGCUCCUUGGCUACUGCCUGGGCAUCUACUUCAUGCUCCUCUUCUUCCAGUAUCUGCACCCCUGCCGCCAGCUCUUCCGGCACAACGUAGCUGACUUCCUGCACUGCGUGUGCUGCCGCCGGCACCCACCGGGGACCCCUCUGCACCUCCAGGCACCCCACGAGCCCGGUGUGAGGCACAGCAUCGUGUGA